AAGUUUCCCGAUCUCUGAGAAACUGAACCUGAACUGCGCCAACCUUCAACCCAGCUGGGAGCCUGCUACCUCAAACACCGACGGUGGCAGCGAAUUGCCUUGUCAGUCCGACCCACGACACCCUUUCCACGCUCCGCAAGGUGUGCCGACCAUGCUGGCGAGGACCUGCCUGCGCUCGGCGCGCGCAUUCACCGGUGCGAAAAAUGGCGCCGUGCAGAUUACCAAGCGCGCCGCGUCGUCCUCGAGCUCCGGGUCCACUGCCGAGUCGCCUCUCCGGUUGAACAUCGCUGCCGCCGCCGCUACCACCCUCGCCGUCGGCUCGAUUGCUUGGUACUACCAUCUCUAUGGACCUACUGCGGACGCCAUGACUCCGGCCGAGGAAGGCCUGCACCCCACUAAGUAUCCCUGGGUCCACCAGCAGUGGUUCAAGACAUUUGACCACCAGGCUCUCCGGAGGGGCUUCCAGGUGUACCGGGAAGUUUGCGCCUCGUGCCACUCGCUCAGCAGAGUCCCCUACCGUGCCCUUGUUGGCACUAUCCUAACCGUCGAUGAGGCCAAGGCGCUGGCCGAAGAGAACGAGUACGACACCGAGCCCAAUGACCAGGGCGAGAUUGAGAAGCGGCCUGGCAAGCUGUCCGACUACCUCCCGGCUCCCUACCCGAACGAUGAGGCGGCCCGUUUUGCCAACAACGGCGCCCUCCCGCCCGAUCUCAGCCUGAUCGUCAAGGCCCGCCACGGCGGUUGCGACUACAUCUUCUCCCUGCUGACCGGCUACCCUGACGAGCCUCCUGCUGGUGCCCAGGUUGGCGCUGGUCUGAACUUCAACCCUUACUUCCCCGGCACCGGCAUCGCCAUGGCCCGCGUCCUGUACAAUGGCCUGGUCGAGUACGAAGACGGCACGCCCGCGUCGACGUCGCAGAUGGCCAAGGAUGUUGUCGAGUUCCUGAACUGGGCUGCCGAGCCCGAGAUGGACGAUCGCAAGCGCAUGGGCAUGAAGGUGCUGGUUGUCACCUCGGUGCUGUUCGCUUUGAGCGUCUGGGUCAAGCGGUACAAGUGGGCUUGGCUGAAGUCGAGGAAGAUCGUCUACGAUCCGCCGAAGGUGGACAACACACCCCCACGGGUUUAAGCGCCUAUCAAGGCCAGGGCAGCACAACGCCUGGUCUUUGUUUGUAUGUACCGUGUACUGCUAGGCUCCCUCUCAGUUCUCUAUAUGGCGUAGAUGAAAAGGGAGGAAAGGGGGCGCCCUCGAGCGAUGAGGUGGGACGAGUCCGGGGCGGGCAGAGCCGGGGUUCAGAAGUGUAAACCAAAUGUGCCGGUCUCAAUCUAGACAUUUUCCCUUGUUGUCCAGCAAUUGCUUCUUUCGAGUCUUGUCAUUUGGCAUGUUCAGAGCCGAGGGUC